AUGAAAGUCAGUUCAUAUUUGAUGGAUUCCGUUUUUCUUCUAACUACCUGCUUCUAUUUGAAUUUUUGGUGUUUGCACGCGUCUGCACAAGGUCAAUAUGUUUGUCUUGGUUCACCUAUUCCUGAUGCAUAUGUUAUUACACGAUUGAAUCCCAAUGGUUGUGGAACAUAUAACGCUCGACAAUACAUAGAACCAGUAAGAGAUGGGAUGGAGAUCUGUCUUGGCUCUCCACUUCCUCAAGGUUAUGUUAUUACUCGAUUAAACAAAAACGGCUGUGGAGGAAUGGGACAAUAUAUUGAAUCACCACGUGAUGGAAUGGAAAUAUGUCUUGGUUCUCCGUUACCAGAUGGGUAUGUCAUUACACGACUGAAUAAGAAUGGCUGUGGAGGAAUGGGAAGAUAUAUUGAAAAGCCACGUAAUGGAAUGCAAAUCUGUCUUGGUUCACCUAUUCCUAACGGAUAUGUCAUUACUCGUGUUAUUCCAAAUGGAUGUGGUGGUACUGGUCAAUAUAUUGAACUUGUUUCCAAUGGACGAUAA